AGAGAUCCGGGCAAGAGCACAGGAGUGAGGCACUUCCCAACAACUCUUUCAUCAUCCCAGAAGUCAAUCGACAAGAAGCAGCGAGUCCACUCCAUUUAACCUUCCCUACCAUUUUCCCCAAAUCUCUCAUCACAAAAAAAUAAAAAUAGAAAAAAGAAUGGCGACCAGCACAACAACAAUUCUCUCCGCCACCUUUUUCCUCUACCUGCUGAUCACCAUCACCAGCUGUAGUAGUAGCUCAGCCCCAAUCUACGGCCUUGAUUCCUUCCUCUCUCACCAAUCUCGAGUCGAUCCACAAGCCACCAACGACUCCUUCCUCUCUCUCUCCUCUACCCUAAAGAAGUCCCUCUCUCACUCCACUCCUCUCUCCCACAACGCCCACUCCCUUAUCUCUUCCCUUCUCUCUCUCUCCGUCUCUCUUUCCCUCCAUGUCCGCUUCGUUGGCAAUUCUUUUCCCUCCGAUUCCUCUUCUCUUCUCGAUCACUACCUCUCUGCUUCCCAACCCUCCAACCAUUUCCACGUAAUAACCCCUUUCGAGUUCCUCUCUCAUCAUCUCGCUCUCAAGCACUCUCUCCACCUCGACGUCUCUCAUUCUCCUUCCUUGGCUUCUCGUCUUUCCCAUGCGCUCCAAUCCGAGAUCGCUAAAGCCACAUCUAGCUUGCGUUCCUCUCUUCUCUCGGUUCCUUUCUCUUCCAUCGACGAGAUCAUCAGAGAGGACUUCGAGAAGGAAAAACCUGUUCAUGGGGUUUACUUGUAUUUUCUUGAUUUGGGCCGUCAGUCCAAGUCUUAUGCUUAUAGCUAUGGUACUGGGGAGUCUUCCCCUGCUUUUACCAGGUGUUCGGGAAGCAUUUGGACCGGCAAAGAGAGGUAUAUCUGGAUCGAUUUAGGUGCCGGACCCGUUGAUUACGGGCCGGCGUUGUCCGGUGAUGGGCUUCUUCCGAGAGGGGAGUUUCAUCCUCUGGCAGCACUGCAUGGUGGGCCCAAGUCGCAGAAGGCAUUGCUUGCGGAUUUGGCGUCUUUGGUCUGGAGCGCUUAUCAGGUUCUUCUUGUUCCUUCUUUGAGAAUUCCAGUUCCUUUUGAGAAUUCAUUGAUAGUUCAAUUUAUACAUGUUCAUGGGUCGGAGGGUGGCAAAGACUCUAGUGGUUUGGAUUGGAAAGCGGUUGAGAGGACGUUUAGAGAUGAGGUCGGUGAGGGUGGAUUGUUGUUCAGCGAUCAAUCUUUGAGCUUUAAGACUUACAAAGUGAAUUACGCUGAGUGUGCGAUUUGUUCGUUUGCUAUAUCUAAAUCUACUAAUUCCUACACAUCAAGGUUCUUAUUUGAUAACUAUACAUUGAUUGUGAGCGAGUAUUUGGACUCAAAGCGUUUGCAUCAGAUAUUGUCUGACUCGGCUGAGGAGUUUAGGAGGGUUGCUGGCUUCCCUGAAGAGGAUUUUGGGAGGGUUCUUCCUGUUUAUGUGUUUGAUUUGGACUAUAAUUCUCUCUUGUUGCUUGAUCGGUAUCAUCAAUCUGUUGCUUUUAAAGAUAUGGUUAUUGCUGUGAGGACAAAGAGCACACAGACAGUGAGUGAUUAUAGUUGUAAUGGUCGUCAUGUGUUUAUGCAUACACGGGAGCUUGAAAGACCACUUGUUGGUUCAAUUCUACAGAGCAUGUGGGGAGUGUCGCCAACCCAUUUGUUGUGGAGCCAUAGGCACAAUACUACAUUGGUGGAUUACACAUGGAGUGUUGGACAGACUCCAUUUGGUCCAUUCUCUGAGAUUUCGUCUCUGUCUUUCGUGCAGAAAGAUGCAGCUCGGAGAAAUGUUCUUUUAACAUCGUUGAAUUAUAGCAUAUCAAGUGCUAUUGACGUUCUUGGAUCAAUAUCUGCUCAUGGUGGGGAGAGAAAACUCCUAAAACAUAAUCAACAAGCUGAGUUUGUACAAAGGUGGAACUUGUUCAAGUACAAGUUGGAUAAGGCAAUCUCAGCAUUGUCUCGUUUGGAUUUCGAGAUGGCUUUGUAUUACUUGAGAACCUCGGAUCAUGAUUUAUAUGCUAUACACUCUCUUGUCUAUCAUGCAUCCCAGGCAUUGGAAGCAUCACUUGUUUGUUUCAAGGAUCCACCUUUUCCAUGGCGUUCAGUUUCAAUAUCUGCUAUAGGUUUCUUUGUUCUCUUUUAUGUUUAUGCUAAAAGAGACAAACUGUUUAGAAAUAAGAGAAAGCAAUUUUGAGCUAUUUAGAGGACCACAAGUUUGUAUCAUUUAAACACAAUAUAAGAUGUUUAUUUUUGUAAGAGACUGGUCAAAGAACUGGUAUUCAGUAUUCACGGAAAACUAUCCUGCGGUUUGAGCUC